AUGGGUGGUAAAGAUAUAGAAGAACUUUGGGGACCGAAUGGUGGGAAAUGGGAUGGAGGUGAAGAGGAAGAAGAAGAUGAUGAAUUAGAAAGUGGAAUGACCAUUUUAGAUGGACAUUCUCAUGGUUGGACUUUGUUGCAGAGGGUUUAUCUCUUUAAUGGAUCUUUUUAUGUCGUCACUGAUAAAAGACAAGAUUGGCCUUUACUAGAACAUAUGAUUUCAACAGGUUUACCAGCUAAUGAAGAACCUGGAAACGCUCAAGCUAGAUUUCCGAAAGGUGAUGAAAUCAUUUUUGUUAGUCCUUAUGAAGCUGCCCAACUUUGGGGUAAUAGGGUGUAUAGGAUGAGUGGGAUGACUUGGCUUUGGAAUGAUGGUCAAUUCAUGGAUCAUUAUUAUCAUUUCGCCGCUGAGCUGCUCAUGGGAACUUGGAGGACUUAUGCGACUUAUGAUCCGGAUAUAACUCCUACUGGUCAGACGACACUGGUUCCUCCUAAACGGAUUUGGUUUUUGCAUCAACAUUCUGAAGAGUGGCGCGACGGUCCCAAAUUCAACCCUCUCCUUCUCUCCGCCCUAUUCCCAUCCACCUCUUUCCUCUACCCGGAAGAUUUCCGAGAUUACAAAACAAACACAGCUUCCGGUCCUCCUUCCCUCCAUCGUGCUUUCCUUCUCGACCGUAUCCUCUUAGUCGAUCGUUCCGCCGCAUUCUACGGUCAUUGGACUGAAAAAACAUCAAGAACAGUAGCUUCCGCCUAUCAUGUAGGUCCUACAAGUCCAUAUUGGUGGGAACCUAUUCGACGUACCGUCCUUCGAUUUUCAGGAUUAUCAGAAGAUAUUUUGAAUAGGAAUUUAGAAGGUUAUGGUUCUAUAGAUUCAUCAACAACAGAUCAUCCUCUUAUAAAUGUCCCAGAAGGGGUUGUCAAACAAGUUGGGGAUUAUAAACCUGUCAUUACUUAUAUUUCAAGACAAAGUUCAAGAAGACAUUUGAAACAUGAAAGUCAUUUGGAGUUAGUUGAGAAUUUAGAGAAGAAAGCUAAAGAGAAUGAUUGGGAAUUGUAUAUCGUUGAAGCUGAGAAAAUGACGAAAGAGGAACAGUUUGCUUUGGCUGGGAAAACCACGAUCAUGCUUGGUGUACAUGGGAAUGGUCUUACUCAUCUCAUUUGGAUGCCUAGUACACCUAGGAGCGCAGUUAUAGAAAUGUUCUACAGAGGUGGUUUCGCUAGAGAUUACAGUUGGACGGCCGAAUCAUUAGGUAUAAAACAUUAUGGUGUACGACACGACGAAUAUUAUACCGAACCAGAUAUACCUGAAGUGCUUUAUCCCGAAGGGUUUCACGGUACGGAAAUUACCGUCGAUGGGAAAUUCGUGGUGGAACUUAUCGAAAAUCGAUUAGCAGGGAGAAUAUAA